UUCUCCCAGCACUUACAAAGCAAAAUCUGCCAAAAUUAUUUGUAAGCUUCUCUCUUUCGUCUCUCUCUCUCUCUGUUUCAUCGCCUUCUGUACCCAUUCCCACCACACUACCACACUGUACUGUCUUUAUCUCAAUGCUUUAAAUGCGGGCGUCCGUUUCUCAACCUCUCCUCCCACUGUGAGAAAGGUGGAAUUUUCAACUCAGUGACGUUUCUCUUCGAAUUGAAGAUAAGUGAACAGUAGGGUUCUUCUUCAGGUCCAAAGAAAACAUAGAGGAAAAGAAGACUGUGGGGCUUUGAUCGAGGAAUCGCAGCUGAGAGGUUUGAGUUUUUAAACGAGAUUCCAAUCUGCGACGACUGGUCCGGCUGCGGUUCUGGAUGAGGUAAUGGACGCGCGAAUGAAGAAGUACCGUCAAGUGAGCCCGGAGAGGGCUAAAGUAUGGACGGAGAAGUCACCAAAAUACCACCAGAAUCGGAAAGUACCGGUAAUUUACUACCUGUGUCGGAACAGGCAACUAGAGCAUCCUCAUUUCAUGGAGGUCCCGCUUUCCUCUCCGGAAGGACUAUACUUGAGAGAUGUGAUUGAUAAGCUCAACGCUUUGAGAGGUCGAGGAAUGGCUUCCUUGUAUUCAUGGUCAUGUAAGAGAAGCUACAAGAAUGGAUUUGUGUGGCAUGAUCUCUGUGAAGAUGAUCUAAUUCUGCCAGCCCAUGGCAAUGAGUAUGUCCUCAAAGGGUCAGAGCUCUUUGAGGAAUCCAAUUCAGAUCGUUACAGUCCCAUUGGCAAUGUCAAACUGCAAAGCCUGAAGCAGUUGCCGGAGCCAGCUUCUUCUAGGAGCCAUGAUGAAGCUUCCUCCUCCUCUAGCUUGAACGGGAAAGAGACAAGACAGUCCCAGGAUGACGAGCUUUCCCCAGGACAACAUACUGGUUCCUCUGAUGCUUCUCCAGAGUCUAGGGCUGGAAAGAGUGGCACUCUUAGCUUGACAGAGUACAAAAUCUACAAGACUGAUGGAUCGGCUGAUGCAUCAACUCAAACCGAAGAAGGUGGUGGCAGACAUAAAACACUGGAAACAUGCACAAGAGGCGUGUCAACAGAUGAUGGGCUGUUAGAACCUGAAUGCUAUAAAACUGGUCAAGCCCAAGCAUCACAAGCGAAAGAUAAUUCAGAAAUCUGUAGGGAUACAGUUUCUCCUCCUCCCUCAACUUCUAGUCCACUGUCUUCUGGUGGUAAAACUGAAACUUUGGAAUCCUUAAUUAGAGCUGAUGCUAGUAAGAUGAACAGCUUUAGGAUUCUGGAACAUGAAGAUAUUCGGGUUCCGACUAACACAAGACUGAAGGCCUCAAAUGUGCUGAUGCAGCUGAUCUCUUGUGGUUCAAUAUCUGUGAAAAAUCACAGCUUUGGUCUUAUCCCAUCCUAUAAGCCUCGGUUUUCCCAUUCAAAGUUCCCUUCUCCGCUGUUUUCAACUUCUAUCAUGUUGGGUGAACUUGAUUGCCUAGCAGAGAAUCCAAGGCUCAUGGCUCUGAGAUUGGAGGACAAAGAAUAUUUUAGUGGGAGCUUAAUUGAGACCAAAAUACCGAAGGAAGAAGCAGAUGGACGUAAUGUUCUGAAACGCUCUUCUUCCUACAAUGAUGAGAGCAGUGCUUGCAGAGAACUCAAUUCACAAGAUGACAAGGAGGAAUCAUCCGCAGGACAUUCGAAAUGUAUUCUACGAUCAAUCAAGGCUUCACUGAGCAAACAUCCACGAAGUGAAUCCAUGAGAUCCCCUGUUUCUGAUGGACCAAGAAACUCCUCGGAUAGAAUUGAUGGCAAAAGCAUAUCCCCUGUGACAUCAAAUGGCAGCAGCAAGAGGAUAACUGAACCCUUAACGGGCAAAAAGCUGUCGAAGAGGACAGAUUCAUGUAAGGAAGAGGAGGUGGUCAAAAUUGAAGAAAGGCUUGCUUCAGGAGCUCGGAUUAUAAUCCACUCUAAACCAUCUUGCGAGACAGCACCAAGCAGCUCUUGAAUUUAAAGUUUCACGGGUGAGGCAAGGGGAAAACUGCUCGUUUUCAGCUUUAUUUUGAAUUUAGCAUGAUGGUAAAUAUGUUGGUAGGUCCACUUGACAGUCUUGUAAAAUCUAUAUAGUAGAUACCUCGGUGCAAAGGAAGGUUAUAAGGCCGGCGUGGUCCUGGUGGUCCAUUUCCUGUAAAUUUUUUGAGCAGGUUUAAGGGUGAUCGCUCACUUUGUAGUAACCUCACAUUUUUUCCCCUCCCACUUGAACAACAUUUCCAAUAUUCUCCUAUUAGGCUGUUGCCACCUUUAGUUUUAUUGCAUUACCAAGGUUCCAACAUGUCAGAAAGCGUUGGUUCAUUUUCGAACCCCUCUCUGGGCAUUGGUGCUGAUCUUGCCAAACAUGAGUUAACCCUCUGUCAGCAUCACUCGGAUAACGACGCUAUUACAAAAAGUUUUUAAAAGCUCGUAAAAAAGUUCUGUAUUUUUAUAUGUUUUGGAAUCAAAGUCGCUGUAGACGAUUUGAACUUGA